UAGCUUGAGCAGUGUGACCGUUGAUUGGCAGGCAUAUGCAAACUUGAGUAUAAAAAUCAAUUUUUUUUUUGUUCAAUUUAUUGCGACUUAAAACGGUUAAAUUACCAAUCAUUGUCGAUUAUUAAUGUACGCCAGGGGUCACAAUUAAGUUGCCCAGUGAAUUUUUGCCGCUAGUGUUAAAGAUAAAGCCGCAAAAGUGGAUACCGAUACUGUGAAAAUUGAGGAUUUGAUGGACUCUGAUCCUGAAAUUGAGUUCAUUGAAAAGGAUAGUGGGAUGUCGUCAUUAGGUGGGAGCAAGGAUGAGACGCCCGAGCGUCGGACAGCAGGCCCCGGCACAGUGGCCACUACAUCCAACGAUGAUGCUCAGAACGAGGGUGAGAAUUAUGAUGAUGAACCCGAUGAGUCUUUUGGUGAGCGUGUCUUGGCAUUGAGUGAAAUGUUCCCCGAAACCAUACGCAAUGCUGCCGGAUCAGUCACAGGCGCCACUGUAAAGAGCAUAAGCGCCCUUUACACAUUCACAUGCAAUGCCUCCUGGAUAUUCUUCACCACCUCCGUCAUUUUGUUUGCGCCCGUUAUCUUUGAAACCGAACGCGCUCAAAUGGAGGAGUUGCAGAAAUCGCAGCAGAAGCAAGUGCUCCUCGGGCCCGGCAGUGCUAUGGCCCAGACUGGAUCGCCCAGUUUACCAUUGAUUCGUUAAUUUUUAUUCAUUACCACGAAGCGAUGCAAAGCGAAAGAAUGCCACACACUAAUUUUAGUUUAAGUUUAUCAAAGGAUACAAACGCUAAAUAUUAUUCAAUCAAUUAAUAAUCCCAGCCAGGAGACAGAGCAUUAGCAAUUGCUGCAUCCCCAUAUACACAUACCAGCACACUGACCAAGAUCGUUACAAACCAAAUAGCCGGAGCCAGGACCUAAAGCAUUUGCAAUUGGUUAUACCCUCCAAACUGUAACCAAUUAAAAUGGAGAUCCAUUCUUAAAGCGACAUAACGCAAAUUCUCUGAUAUCCAUCGUCGUUUUGAAACUUGAAAUAGUUUUAGUUGUAUUGUAGUUGACAUAUAUAACUACAUACAUAUAUUGUAUCAUAUGUCAAAGGAACAAUUACGAUGUAAACAAAUUAAUAAAACUAUGUUUAUUAAGAGUUAAUUACAUAGUUGAAAAUCUAAUGAGAUUUUGCUACUAUAA